AUUUACUAAGUGACCUGCGUAAACUAGCUUCCCCUUAUUUCACUUAAAUUCAGAGCCGCUCUAGGUAACUACAGUGAAUUUAAACCCCAAACAGCAGCGCUGGACUCUGCGCUAACACAGCCGGGGAGCCCCACCAUGCUGUUACUAGUCACGGUCAUCCUCACCCUGUGUGUCUCCUGGGCUCGUGGACAAGAAAUAACAUGUGAUCCUCCAAUAAUUCCAAACAGUGACUUUGCUUCUAAACUGAACAAAUACAGACUGGAUGAUGUCAUCACAUACCAAUGUAGAAAUGGCUUUUCCCAUCCACCCCUCCUGGGAAAUACAACAAAAUGCACUCUUCUAGGCUGGGUACCUCGUCCCAGAUGUGUCCCUAAGCCCUGUGACUUUACAGAAAUAAAACAUGGACGCCUAUAUUGGGAAGAUAGCAUUACACCACACUUUCCAGCGUCGGUAGGACAAUCAUUUCCCUAUAGCUGUGACAAAAACUAUGUCAGACAUUCACAAUUUUUCUGGGCAUCAAUCACUUGCACACCAGAAGGAUGGUUCCCGAAAGUGGCCUGCCGCAGGAAAUGUGUUUUCAAUGAUUCGGAGCAUGAACAGUUUCCAUUUAAAGUAAAUCGUAUGUACAAGGCGAUACUAUGAAAGUUGACUGCCGUCCGGGCUACAGUCUCCCGAACUCACAGAGCACAGUGACAUGUACGGAGAAUGGCUGGUCCUCGCCUCCCAGAUGCAUCAGUAAGUAAGCAUCCUGAGAUCCAGUCCAUUUGGGAUUUUUCUAAGACCAGACGGAUCGCUGUGGAAAGUUCUAUGUGUCAACUCUCAAGAACAUUGUGACAUGCCCAUAUUUGAGAAUGCCAGAGCUGUAAUCACCGGAAAACCAUUUCGACCUAAUGACACGUUGGACUACCAAUGCCUGGAUGGCUACGAAAACAGAGAUGGAAGCACCAACGGCUCCAUGGUGUGUGGCGAGGGCGGCUGGUCCCACUUGCCAACCUGCUUUAGUAAGUAUUUUGAUUCCAGCAUUUCAUUUUCCAAGAAUUGAAAAGUCUACGUGUUUGUUGUCCUCGCUUGAGUGUGGGUGAUCUAAGGC